AUGGAAUCACCAGUUUUAUCAAAGCAAUUAGAAUUGUCAGAAUUAAAAUAGAUAAUCAAAAAUAGGUUCUCCUUUGAUAGAAGAAAAGUAAUAUUCUUUACUUUAAAUUCUUGUUUAUUGGGAUUAGCUGUAUUUAGUUUAUUUUCUGCUAUUACACUUGAAAGCAAUUCAUAAAUCUUUAGAAUAAGAACAUAUUUGACAGAUUAAAAUUUAUAAAAUAGAGAAUAAGCCAGAAAAUUAGAAACUAUAUUGAUUCCAUAAAAUAUAGCUUAAUUAUGUACAAUUGUUUCUUCGAUAAUUGGUUAUUAUGGAAUUUAUCAAAAAUCUUAAAAAGUAAUUAGUAUUUGAAUAUAUUUUAGAUCUUACAUCUAUUCCCUAUUAGUUUAGGAAUUAGUUUAGCAUUCAGAACAAUUUCUACUAUUGUGAUUAUCUCAUACUUUAAUACAAUAUAAUCAGUAUGAAAUUAUUGAAAAUUUAGGUUUUUGAAGAAGAGGUAGGAACUUUUAUAACUUUAUAAAUCUUAUUUUUGGCUUUUAAUUGGUUGUUUUGUGUUUUUGCUUAUUAAUAAUUCAAGAAAGCUUAAGUAGAAUAUCAUAUAGUCACAAAAGAUAGAGAAAGAUUAAUUAUGGAUAAUAAUAUGGCUUAUGAAUUAAUAAAGAAAAUCAUAAAAAAUUGA